UUACUUACCGAAAUUUCCAUCUCACACGGCCAUAAAAGUAGAGAAAUGAUUGGACGUAGUGCCGCGAUGGAGGAAUUAGCCCUCCAUCAUUUCCAAAUGGGGCUAACGCCUCGAAUAUCUAAUUUUGUUAGGAGUAAAUCCGUUAAAACUUUAAACGAAGCAAUUAAUAUCGCAAUUUCUGAAGAAAGAAUCCAACAAUCUUUAUCUAAACACUCAGCCCCGUCUAGCAAUCAACAAUCUCGUCAGUUUAUACGUCGUAACCAAAAUCCAUCUUCAUUCAAAAACAAUCCUAUUACUCCUCGUCCUAAUAAUAAUAAUUCCAUCCUUGUCUGCCGAUAUUGCAAAAAUCCAGGUCAUACUAUAGAACAAUGCCGAAAAAGGGAAUUUAAUAAUAAUCGCUUCAAAAAUCCUGAUCAAAACUAUACAAGGCAACCCCGUGUUCAUUUCAUCUCCGAUGAAACUUCGGAAACUAACGAUGAUUUUCUUACCAAUCCUGAGGGCGGUUAUGACACCGUAGACUCUAAUCAAAAAAACGAGUAAACAUCUCGUCCCAGUGUCGUGCGGGAUUAUAUAAUUUUAAAACCGGCACUAUCAAUUAUAAUUCAUCUACUAAAUCCUCUGUAUCCACUGUAUCUAUGCAGCAACCCAAGGUUGAUCUGCCCAAAUCUACUAAAUCCUCUGUAUCCACUGUAUCUAUGCAGCAGCCCAAGGUUGAUCUGCCCAAAUCUACUAAAUCCUCUGUAUCCACUGUAUCUAUGCAGCAACCCAAGGUUGAUCUGCUUAAAUCUACUAAAUCCUCUGUAUCCACUGUAUCUAUGCAGCAGCCCAAGGUUGAUCUGCCCAAAUCUACUAAAUCCUCUGUAUCCACUGUAUCUAUGCAGCAACCCAAGGUUGAUCUGCUUAAAUCUACUAAAUCCUCUGUAUCCACUGUAUCCAUGCAACAACCCAAGGUUAAUUUACCCAAGCCUACUAGAUCCUCUGUAUCCACCGCAUCCAUGCAACAAUCCAAAGUUGACUUAUCCAAAUCUACUAAAUCCUCUGAAUCCGCUGCAUCCGUACAACUUAAAACUACUAGUUCUCUAGAUCCUUCAAAACCCAAAGUUUAUAAUAUUUCAAAUAUUCCAUCUAAAACCUUAUUA